GGCUUCCCUUCACUUUUUUGUUCAUUUGGAUUUCGUUUCAAGACGGAGAAGCAUCAUCCACCAUGGGCAACUUCCUCAGCAGUCCGAUUACCGAGAAGGACACGCAUGUGGGCACGGGCAAUGGUCUUGAAUUUGGCGUGAGCUGUAUGCAGGGGUGGCGCGCGACGAUGGAGGAUGCACAUGUUGCACGCACGUCGAUCCCGGCGUUCGACCGAUGCUCCAUUUUUGCUGUUUUCGAUGGCCACGGGGGCAAGUUGGUUGCCGACGAGAGUGCGCAGAACCUGAUUGAUGUAUUGGAGAAAGAAGUUAUGGAUGUGAAGAACAAAGACGACAUUGGCCGUUCGCUUACACGGGCAUUUCUGGCGCUUGACGACGACCACAGGAGACUCAAAGAAGUAAUCGGCGGUGAAGAUCACAGCGGUUGUACCGCCAUCGCUGCAUUCGUCACCGAUUUAUUCAUCGUGGUGGCGAAUUCCGGGGACUCACGAAGUGUACUCGCGACUGACGGAGGUGUGAUCCCUAUGUCAUACGACCACAAGCCCAACAACACGGGCGAACGACAACGUAUCGAGAAUGCUGGCGGGUCCGUCCGCAACAAUCGCGUCAAUGGCGACCUAGCGGUGUCCCGCGCAUUGGGCGACUUCAUCUAUAAACAGCGACCCGACUUGCCAGCAGCAGCCCAGCAGGUAUCUGCCGAACCCGACGUCAAGGUCGCCGAACGCACGAAAGAGGACGAGUUUCUCCUCUUGGCCUGCGAUGGAAUAUGGGACGUCAUGUCAAACGAAGAUGCAGUUGCGCUUGUGCGGUCGUUGAUGGCGCAAGGUGAGAGCAACAUGGGGCUGAUCUGCGAAGAAGUGCUGGACCACUGCCUAUCCCUUGGCAGCCGCGACAACAUGAGCAUUGUCGUGGUCAAGUUCCCCGGCGCCAAAAUCGGACAAGGAGACGGUGUCGCCGGCAUUCGAAAGAUCAGGGAAGCAGAGGCGGAAGCUGCCAAGGCGGCGGAAGCGUCGGACCAGAGUCGUUCGGACGCGCAGUAGGUGACUCACUCGAUGGAUUAAAGUCGUUUCCACGACCAUGCACACCACAUUAUUCUCGGUCGACGUCCUCUCCACAAUGGGUUCUAUCACGUGUACAGCAAAAGAGGCUUCGAUGCAGCUCGUUCGUGUGUUGGCGAG